AUGGGGUUCAGCAGGGACCUGCCCCUCGGGCAGGCGACCGCCGCCGAGCUGCGACGACUGCAGUCCUUCGUGGAGCAGAACUACUACGUUGAGGGAGAGCUGAGGAAGCUGGAGGCGGCGGACAUCGACCGGCUGAAGCGGAUCCGGUGCUACCGCGGCCUGCGCCACCUGAAGGAGAUCGGGCCCGUGGAGCACGCGAAGCGACGAGGCACGGCCAAGACGAAGCCUGGGCGGCCGCCCGGGAAGUAG